CUCAGCCUGAGAUGGCCCGUGCAAGUUAAUCUUUGGGCUUCUGGCGAAUUCCACCGUCACCUGCAGCCUCACAACAUCCCACCUCGUGCGCGCCUAGGUUCCUCUCCCACCGAACUUGAACCUUCCGACUUGACAUUUUCAACUACCACCUCCAUUUUAGUUCAGGAACACAACUUCGCUUUCAUUGCAGCCACUUGACUUCCGGGCACGGUUAUAAUUCGAUUUUGAAUUACAAUGGCCGAAACUAAGGUGACACCCGAGGUCCUCUGGGCACAGCGCUCGUCCAAUGUCGACGCCGACAAGAACUUCGUCUACCUGACCAUCAACGUGCCCGACGUGCCUGCGGGCAACAUUAAGCUCGAUCUCAAGCCCACUGGCCUCACGUUCGAGGGUCGCUCCGACACGCUCAAGAAGACCUACUUCGUCGAGCUUGAGUUCUUCGCCGAGAUCGACCCCGCUGAGAGCAAGACCAACCACACGGCCCGCGAUGUCGAGAUGAAGCUGCGCAAGAAGGAACUCGGCGAGACCUACUGGCCGCGUCUGCUCAAGGAGGCUAAGAGGAUGCACUUCCUCAAGACUGACUUUGACAAGUGGGUGGAUGAAGACGAACAGAACGAGGCGCCCGAGGAAGACUUUGGUGCCAACUUUGGCGGCCCUGGCGGCCCUGGCGGCCCCGGCGGUAUGGGUGGACUCCCAGGCAUGGGCGGCAGUGACUUCGGCGGCAUCGAUUUCUCGAAGCUCGGCGGCGGUGCCGGCAUGCCUACCGGCGAUGAGGACGAUGACGAGUCAGACGACGACAUGCCGCCACUGGAGGGCGAGGAAGAGCCCGAGAAGGCCGCGAAGGCUGAUGAUGGCAAGGAGGCAGUCACCAGCUCUUAGAGGGGGAAGAAGCAAAGCUCUUCGGGUAAGCGUCGCGGUAUGAAUACGGACUAGCAAAACGGAAUAUAAGGCGCUUGGCCCGUGUGGCCCAACAACAGGCGCGGCGGCGGAGCAAUCUGAUGUAUUGAGACCGGUCUAUUCCUCUUGCCUCGGCGAAUGGAGCUAUUCU